GGCGGAAGUGAAGUCACUUCCGGGCUGGGUGUUUGUUUGGACUGGAGAAGGGAGGCGGCGGGCAAAGCGCGCGUCGAGCGGGGAGCGGCGCUGCCUGUGGAGAUCCGCGGAGGCCGACCGGAUUCGUUGGCUGCCGACCCCGCUGCCGUGCAACUGGGUUAAAAACGACAACUAACGCCAACCAUGAAAGAUCCAAGUCGCAGCAGUACUAGCCCAAGCAUCAUCAAUGAAGAUGUGAUUAUUAACGGUCAUUCUCAUGAAGAUGACAAUCCAUUUGCAGAGUACAUGUGGAUGGAAAAUGAAGAGGAAUUCAACAGACAAAUAGAAGAGGAAUUAUGGGAAGAAGAAUUUAUUGAACGCUGUUUCCAAGAAAUGCUGGAAGAGGAAGAAGAACAUGAGUGGUUUAUUCCAGCUCGAGAUCUCCCACAAACUAUGGACCAAAUUCAAGACCAGUUUAAUGACCUUGUUAUCAGUGAUGGCUCUUCUCUGGAAGAUCUUGUGGUCAAGAGCAAUCUGAAUCCAAAUGCAAAGGAGUUUGUUCCUGGGGUGAAGUACUAAAAUAUUGGAGUAGACGGGGCCCUCUUUUGGUGGAUGUAGCACAAUUUCCACACUGUGAAGGCAGUAUUAGAAGACUUAAUUGUAAAAGCUCUCUCUUGUCACUGUGUUACACUUAUGCAUUGCCAAAGUUUUUGUUAGUCUUGCAUGCUUAAUAAAAGUGCUGAGACUGUUAUUAAGUUAAAAAAAAAAAAAAGCUGUCAAACAUUUACUGAAAAUAGAAUUGGCCCCAUUGCUGAUGUGAAGACAGCGAGGAAAGAAGCACCAGUCAAGUUGUAAGAAAGUACCAAAUUAAAAUGACCUCUAAAUCUAACUUGAAUUGUCUUUUUUGAAGCUUAACUAGACCCUUAUGGAUAACUGACAAUUGUUAAUGUCUGAACUUUUUUUAAAUUAGUAAAUGUAAAUUAAGUUUUAAUUGUUAAGACGAUAUCUCUGUUCAGAUUUAAAAUUUACAUUAGUCCCUUUCAAGAAAAAACUUUUUCUGAAGGUGGCUUGUUAAGACAAUUUGAAAAACUCAAACAGUCAAAUAUAUCUUUGGUUACUGAGGUGACAAGGUAGUGAUCACAUGAUAAUUAGUCCUGGUUUUUAUGAUGUUAUCAUGUAAGAAAUACUGAGUUCUGCUCCGACUAUUAUAUCUGUGGAAAUAUGUGAUUUGAGUAUUUUAUCUCUUUGAAGGAGUCCCUACAUUAUGGCUAUGCCUGUAUAAAAUCCAACAUUUGACCAACCCAUAAUCCAAAACAAACAAAUUGUAAAAUUUGAGUGGUGCUUUCCCUUGCUUUGUUAACCAUCACUACAAUAGUCUGCAGCACAACUUUUCUUUUAACAAAGCUAGAACAGUUUUGGCUUCUUAAACUUCAUAUUUGGGUAGGUUAAGCUGCCAUACGUGUUCAGUGUGAAUAGUGUUUAAGUUGAAAAUAUUGUAAAAAAAUUAUAUUUUUUCAAAAAUAUUUAAAAAAAUAAAUAAUAGUAGAACUGAU